AUGUUGGAAACGCUGCCUCACCAACCCCAGGGCCUUCGCUUUGGAAACAGCAACUGGGAGAAGCAUUUCUCUGGGCUCCCCUACCCUGGGGAAAAGCAGUUGGUUAGGUACCUUAUCUACACCUCUCAUGAUUUUAUAGACCUCUUUAAGGUCAUCCAUCAAUCUCCAACGCUCCAGGGAAGAAAGUCCCAGCCGACCCAACCUCUUCUUAUAGCUCAAACGUUCCGGUCCAGCUGGUAUCCAGGUGCGGGCUGUGCCGCAGAGGAUAGGCACUACUGCCUCUGUCAGUGCCCAGUGCCAGCCAGUCUUCCCAUCAGGAGCACUGAGCUCAGCACCUCAAAGAGUUGUUCCGAAACUCUGAACCCCAGCCGCUGGGAGAAGGUCAGGCUGUUUCCCCGAGUCCAGAGUGCCACUCCUCCCUUACCGGUGCCUGUGCAGGGCCUGUGCGUGUUUUACAUCUCUCAGCCAGUGCCAGAAGUUUAUCAGGGAACGACCCUGAGCUGCCUGCGUUCCUACCUGCUGUGCCAGCUCAGCGAGCCAGGCUGGGGGGCUGAGAUGCUCAAUGACUGCCGGCGCACUCAGGGAAUCUUGAACACGCUUGGUGUGUCUCACCGUGAGCUGGCGCUGUCUCUGGGAGGAGCAUGUGACCUCAGCCAGCUCCGACAGAAGCUUCAGGAUAUCAGGAGCAUGGCCCACCAGCACAGUGCAGUGACGGAGACGAAGUUGACUUUUCUACUAAGCAGCAGUGAGAGCCUGAAGCCCGAGCAACGAGCAGAAUUACAGCGGGAAUGCAUGCUCUUUGCUUCUUGCAUGGAGCUGCUCCACAGGGAUCUCCGGCAGGUUCGCCGGCUCCAACUGCUUUUCCCACUGGAAAAGCCCCAGUUUCUGAUCAAUACUGGGUUGACAGGUGACCCUUCUGGACCCACCAGUGAGCCGAGCGGCGAGAAGGGAGGCUCUGGAGAGCUGAGCUUGGAUGCACUAAUACUGGAAGUUGGGAGACUCCUGUCUGAGAUGGAGACCAGGGUACCGGCUCCUGUCUGGAGCUCCGAUGCCACCACUGAGCCCUGGGCAGAGGCCAGCUCUGACAAUGGGCCUGAUACAGCCUCAACUGACAGGCUAACAGAAGAGGAAACAGAAGGAAGCCGUAACUGUAAACGCUGCUGCAUCAUCUCCUAG